AUGGCUCGUGAGAAGAGCAAGUGUGCUAAUCCACUGUGGCGAGAUUGGAUCCAGGAAUGGGCUGAAGAGGCACGGGAAAGAGGACUCAAAACUUAUUUUACAUACAAAAAGGCUGCGGACAAUCUUGGCAAAUGCCCCCUCCAAUUUACGCAUCCAGCUGAGGCUAUCCAGAUCAAGGGUAUUGGUGAAGGUCUUGUCAAGCGGUUGGAACGACGUCUUGAAAAGCAUUGUCAGGAGAAUGGUUUACCAAUGCCUGAAAAUCCUCAGUCUCAGAAGCGCAAGAAUGAUACCCAAGGAACCACUCAGGAUGAUGGUGAACCUUCCAGGAAACGACGCAGUACCAAGACCUAUGUGCCACGCUAUCGUACGGGUGCCUAUGCCAUCUUGCUAUCCAUGCUUGAACAUCGUGAGGAGAAUUUCAAUGACAGCGUCAACAAGGAUCAGAUCAUCGGUCUUGCGGAACAGCAUUGUGAUAGCUCAUUCGAUAUGACCGAUGGAGGCGCCAAGACUUAUACAGCAUGGAACAGCAUAAAGACAUUGAUCGACAAAGACCUUGUGUAUAAAAGCGGCAAACCUUCCAAAUACACGCUCACCGAAGCAGGCGUUGCCAUGGCACAGCAACUCAAGAAUUCGUCACCAGGAAGUCAAUUGCAACAACCGAGUGGUAACAGCAAUGUCAGCAAUACCCAAUCCAAACGAGCAUCCACAACAUCAUCAUCAAAACGAAAGCAAAAGAGCAGCAGCAUAGCCGACGAUGAUAGCAGCAGCGAUCUUGACUUGGGUGGUGACGAGGACGAGAUUGAUCUAAGUCUUUAUGUGCUUGAUCCAUCAAAGUAUCAGGCGUCAUCAUCAUCAUCAGCAUCAACCAUGAGGAACAAUGAUUUGAACGACAAAGAGAUCGACGAGAUUUUGGAUAUAUCAGAACAAUCGCCUAAUUUGCAAUCAUUCAACAAAGGCAACAACCAUGAGGACAAUGACAUUGAGCUCUUGGAUAUUUCAUCUUCGCCAUUCGAACCACAAUCAACACCUACACCUACUCAAUCAUCACAAUCACUUCCCGUAAUACAACAACAACAACAAUCAACGAGGGAUUAUUCACCAUCCUCUACCCAUAAUGACACCUUUGAAUAUACGUACAUCAAUCCACACGGCGAAGCUGUAAGGCAUAUAUUACAAGCAGCACUCGAUGUUGAUGAAUCAGGAGGGAUGAUGCAUAAGAUUCGAUUUGCAGCACGACAACGACAUCAUGAGAAGGCUCAAUUGAUCCAAAAGAUACGACAAGAUGCCACUUCGGAUACGAUGACAGGGUACAUUCGAGAAGGCGAUGCAAGCGUUGUAUGUCCGGGUCUACCCAAAGUACCGCUUUUACCUCUUGGACGAGAAGAGGAGGACGACUUUUGGCCCAAUUCAGCACCAAUGACACCCUCUCAACAAACGAACAGCAGUCAAACAGAGGAAGGGUUCAUAGUGUAUCCUCCGGACAGCUAUGAGAUUAUGCUCCUUGUGGAUAUCCGAGAAAUCAAAAUGAAGACCAAUCGCGACUACUUCUUGGAAAAGCUGACAGAAAAAGGCAUCCGUGUGGCCAAGCGAGCACUUGAUCUGGGUGAUAUGAUAUGGGUCGCUCAAAAACGUGGAAGCAAGAACCAGAAUGAUGAACUAUUCUUGGAUGUCAUUGUGGAGCGGAAACGCUUGGAUGAUUUGGUGGGGAGUAUCAAGGAUGGUCGUUAUCAUGAACAAAAGAAUCGACUUCAACGUUCAGGUGCUCAAAAGAUCAUUUACAUUAUUGAAGAAUACAACAAGGAAGAAGCUGUACAAUUCGGUCUCCAGGCGAUUCAAACAGCCAUGUCCUCGACUCAAGUUGUUGACGGUUUUUUUCUCAAGCGCACGGCCAAUAUCAGCGAUACGGUGGAUUAUCUUGUCAAUAUCACAAAGAUGGUGCAAAAGAUGUAUGAGGGUGCUACACUCUACAAAAUCCCCGAUCAUUCAGUGAGCCGGCAAACGUACCUGGAUCAAAAACGUCAACUCGGCAAAAUGCAUUUCGUUUCAUACCCAAUCUUUGGUGCGUUAAACAGCAAAUCCGAUGCAGUGACCUUGGAAGAUGUGUAUAUGCGUAUGCUCAUGACGACCCGUGGUGUGACUCCUGAAAAAGCAAAUGCUCUCAUCAAGGUCUAUCCAACACCACACUCAUUGCUUGAGGCCUAUGCAUCGGUCAAGGAUGAAAAGGAAGGCAAGGCAUUGAUACGUGAAAAGACAAAAGACGGCAUCUUGAGAAGACGGUGGACGCUUCAAUUAAGUGAGCGAUUAUGGCAAGUUUGGGGACAACAAGGAUCUUUGUAA